AGAGCGGGCAAGCCAAAAAUGCUGGACAGCAUUUUACGCAAAUGUGUCGCUGCCUCCGAAAUAUGAACAUCCUCUGGUCAAUUGCGUUUGAAGAAGGAGACAUACGGAGCUUCUUACGUGACUUCGGGGCCAUCGCUGAGCUGGUAGGUGUCAAGGAGCAGGCGGCGAAGGUGGUUGUAUUGGGGACGCUGUUGAGAGGCCGAAUGAAGGCGGCAUAUGACAGCGUAGACAGGUCAGAUGUCACAGCGUAUUCGAAGACAUUGCUUGAAAGAUUGGUUUUGGAAUUGGACAGCGCAACAGACAGACAGCCAGCAAUGGGUGAUAGAAAAGACCAAUUUUUUGAAUCCGGCAAGCCGGGACACUAAAGGAGAUACUGCUCAGAAAGGCGAAAAAGAAAAGGUUUCAGACGGUAUAAUACGUGUUCUUUCUCUCAUAUAAAACCAGAUGUAGUGGGGGCUGUUGAGAAAGGGGCUGUGCAUUCGAAGUUGCGAGUGAAUGAUCAAGAAGUAGUAUGUUUAGUAGAUAUAGGGGCUGCCGUGUCGGUAAUAGAUAAGAACUUAUGUAGGAGUGCUAGCCCGUGUUCAUUGACGAUACAAAUGGUGGGCGUGCAUGUGUUAGGUAUCACGGGUAGAUCGAACUGUACGGUCGUUGAGUGGGUUCCAAAUAAUGUAUUGUUGGUUAAUCUUGUUUGUGUCCGGAUAUUCUUCAAAUUACAAUCGUCAACCUGAGAAGGGUUGCAGGCGUACCGGCGUAAGUCCUGCGAUUCUUCAAGGAAAUUACAUCGAGACAUGAUCGGCGAGCUUAUGUGUACUGUUUGUAUAUAUGUGUGGUGUGUCAUAUCAAUCGGUGCUUUUUGGAUUCAUUGGGUUUACUUGUUGUUUUCGUACCUUGUUGUUAUUGCAUAAUUUUGUUAAAAUUUUCGUCGUGCUUACUUCUCAAGUUGUUUCGAGUCUUCUACAUCCGUGAAUGGAUCGAUUGAUGUUAAAGACAGCAGAUGAGCAGCAUACGCCAGGGAGGCUAGGCUAGUCCUGAGAAUGACAAGCACACGGAGAUAAUUGUUGGCUGUUGUCCCACACGCCGGGGAGCGAGAGUGUAGGCGACUGAUGCUUGCAUACGUCACCGUUACUGGAACUGAGGCAGAAUGAGUGACAAGAGAUUGCAGUGGUAAUUGAUAGUGAAUAGAUAAGAGGAUGUGCGAAGAGUAUCAUGAGGUGCUGCUAUGGUCACGUUGGGUUCUUCAGGAGUCAUCCUAGCAAGUGGCGAUUGUGUUGCAAAUUGUCGAGAGGAUGCCUUUAACUGGAAGGCGUAGGUCGUCAUCGAUGAGUAUGAUUGUGCUGUGGGUAUGCCUGUGGUGUAUUGGCUUUGCUGUUUGUUUUCCAUUUCAGCUCUGUCCGUGUGACCCAGGUUCUCGCACUGGCAUCCAAGUCAACAUGUGUUGGUCGUGUUGGAGAAAAGGGAUGGAUCCUUCUUUUGGCGGGGAGUGUCAAUGUAGUUGAAGAUUGAACGAUCAAUUCAUGGUUGUUUGCUCAAAAACCCAACCUCCUUAUAUUUUCGCGGAGACAUCAAUGCACCAGUUAUCGUCUCAUCGUUCGCUGUUCAGAAAGAAGAUAGAAAAACCGUCAGAACUUUCAGUCCCACGUAAACGUUUUACUUACCUCAAUAUUGGUUGGUU